AUGCAGUUUGCAAGCAGCAGAAUCCUAGAGAAGCACACCGGCGACUUGUACCGCAUCACCCAGAAAGCCAAUGAAGCUGUGAGGCAGUACCUAGAUCGAUUCAACAAGGAAAUGAUCUCUGUCAAGAACCUGGAUGUUCCCACAGCUAUCGAAGCAUUCAGGAGAGGACUAACCUAUAAAUCUAGACUGUAUUAUGAAUUGACCAGGUACCCAUGUGGCACAUUCGAAGAGGUCAGGGCCAGAGCCAUGGCUGAGAUACGUGUCGAAGAGGACGAGGCGUCCAGGUACGUAAGCGAGCCUAGCUAUGAUCGGAAAUCCCAGAACCAGAAGAAGACUGAUUGGCGCCAUCAACCAUAUCAGAAGCGCGAAAGUAAUAACGUAGCCAGCAAGGCCACAGGUAAAUCGUCUAACAAUGAUUACCCUUCCAUUGCUUCCUACUGUUUUAACGUGGAUGCAGGAGGCGUAGUAAACGCAUUAGAAAAGCUGGGAACCACAGUUAGGUGGCCUCGCAAAAACGACAGACCAGACAGCGAGAAGGACACCACCAAGUGGUGUAGCUACCAUGGCGACCAUGGCCAUCGAACAGAAGAAUGCAAUGCUCUCAAAAAGGAGGUGGCGUGGCUGCUCAAGAAGGGCUAUCUCGAGCACUUGAUGGGGAAAAAGGGGCAGCAAGAAGAUAAAGCUGGCCCCAGCCAACAACAGCCUCGUCCGCCACCUGAGCCCCUGCACGAAGCUGAUAUCCUCAGGAAAGCAACCGUUCUGUUCGGGUUCAAUGGCGAGCCAGCUACAACGCUCGGAGAAAUCGUAUUGCCCACUAUGCAAAAGGAGUCAACCUCCAAACCAGGUUCAAUGUGGUAG